AUGGCUCUUGGAAAUAUCACCCAGGUCUCUGAGUUCAUCCUCAUAGGGGUCUCAGACCGCCCCGAGCUGCAGGUCCCCCUCUUCCUCGUCUUCCUGGGCAUCUAUGUGCUGACCGUGAUGGGGAACCUGGGCAUCAUCACCCUCACCAGUGUGGACCCCCGACUGCAGACCCCCAUGUAUUUCUUCCUCCGACAUCUGGCUAUUAUAAAUUUUAGCAACUCUACUUUUAUUGCUCCCAAAAUGCUGCUCAAUUUUUUAGUAAAAGAGAAAACCAUCUCCUACUAUGCCUGUGCCACCCAGCUGGCCGGAUUCCUGGUUUUCAUUGUGGCCGAGGUCUUCAUGCUGGCGGCGAUGGCCUAUGACCGCUACGUGGCCAUCUGCAACCCCCUGCUCUACAUGGCGGUGGUGUCUCGGCGGGUCUGCCUGCUGCUGGUGUCCCUCACCUACCUGUACGGCUUUGGCACAGCCGUUGUCGUUAUGCCUUGCGUGUUCUCCGUGUCGUUCUGCUCUUCCAAAGUCAUCAAUCAUUUCUACUGUGAUAUUAUGCCUCUGUUGAUGCUGUCCUGCUCCGAUACGUCUGUUCCAGAAAUAAUAGUCUUUAUAUCUGCAGCUUCAAACAUUGUGUUUUCCAUGACCAUAGUUCUAAUUUCUUAUGUCAACAUCGUUCUGUCUAUUCUAAGGAUCAAAUCAGCAGAAGGAAGGAAAAAAGCCUUCUCUACCUGUGGGUCUCAUAUCACGGCUGUGGCAGUUUUCUACGGGACGUUGCUGUUCAUGUACCUGCAGCCCCGCACUAACUAUUCUUUAGACACCGAUAAAAUGGCUUCUGUGUUUUACACCCUGGUGAUCCCCAUGCUGAACCCCAUGAUCUACAGCCUGCGCAACAAGGACGUGAAGGCUGCCUUAAAGAGCUUCAUGACCAACCCCUGCAACCACUGCAAACCAAUGUAG